AUGGGCGUUGAUUAUCAUUUCAUAGCCACAAUUUGUGUUAUGAUAUUAACGGUGGUGGUUGCCACACCAACAACCAUUUCCAAUGAUGAUUUGCAAUUAAGGGAUUUAUCCAAGAGUUUGGAUAGCUUUGGAACGAAACUCUACUCGAAAAUAGCCAAACGAAGUGCUGAGAAAAACAUUAUAUUUUCACCAUUCUCAAUUGAGACCAGUCUGGCGAUGGUGCGUUUGGGUGCUACCGGUCCGACAGCAGAAGAAAUUGACAAUAGUCUAAAUUUAAAAUUUAACAAUGCCGAAAAGUUGUCCAACUAUUUCCGAAAAAUCCUCUCAAAAUAUCAAAAUAGUAAUUUCCUACAAAUGGCCAAUAAAAUAUAUAUUAUGGAAACUUUUAAACUCCAGGAUCAAUACAAUGGAUUGCUUACGAAAAAUUUCUUCACGUCAGCGGAAAAUGUGAAUUUUACACAAAAUAUUAAAGCAGCUGAGACCAUGAACUCUUGGGUUGCAGCAAAAACCAAUCAAUUGAUUAAAAAUCUAAUCGCUGCCGAUGAUUUGGAUCGAACAACGCGAAUGGUGCUGCUGAAUGCAAUUUAUUUCAAAGGUGAAUGGGCACAGGGAUUUCCCGAGCAUGCCACACGCCAACAAAAAUUCUAUAUAGAUGCAACAAACAGUGUUAAUGUGGACAUGAUGCAUAUGAAGGGAAAAUUCCGCUAUGGCGAAAUAGACCAAUUAGAUGCCACCGCUUUGGAAAUGCCUUACAAAAAUUCCGAUCUUUAUAUGUUGGUAAUUUUGCCGAAUUCUCGUGAUGGUUUAGAAAAUUUGAGGAUUAAAUUGAAAUCAUUAUCUCUACAAGAGUUAAGAGAUAAUAUGUUUGAGACAACUGUUCAAGUGGAAAUGCCCAAAUUUAAAGCUGAAUUCACAAUUGAAUUGAAAGAUGUUUUACAAAGGUUGGGUAUGGAACGCAUGUUCUCUAAAGAGGCGGAAUUUGGAGAGCUGAUAAAUACAUCUGAAACAAUUGAAGUAUCGAAAGUUCUGCAUAAGGCAUUUAUUGACGUCAACGAAAAGGGUACUGAGGCUGCUGCAUCAACAGGUGGCCUUGUUUUUAAACUGCUUACUUUG